AUGGUGUUACCUUCGCUCUUUGGUAAAUCCUCCAAGAAGUCGUCAUCCUCCUCCUCGUCGUCGCCGUCCAAGAACCCGCCAGAGACUCCCUCGUUGCACCCCGGCUCGCCGUCGCAGCACAAUAACCCAGGAACCCCUCCCUCAUCCCCGGACAAGAAAUCUCACAACCGCCUCAAGGAUCGCGACCGCCGCUCAUCUUCCUACUCUUCUCGCCGCUCCUCCAAGUACGACCGCGACUCCCACCCGCUCAACCUCCCUCCCGACGAGCUGCGGAGGCUCUCCUCUUCCGCCAUGUCGCAGAUGAACAAUCACGACCAGGCCACCCCCGAGCCCAUGGACAUCGACAGGGAAACCACUACCUCGCCCAGCAACACUAAGACUACGCCCAACGGCACCGCCGCUACAAAUGGCGAUUACCAGGACGCCCGCCCUGCUCCUCCGCCCCAUCGCUACACCACGAGUCCCCCGCCGCAGUCAGCCAAUUAUGCCGCCACUCCCGAGGCCGCCUCGCCGCCUGCACAGGCCCCGACCAUAGACGCCGAAUCGUACAAGGCAGCGGGGAACAAGUUUUUCAAGAUCAAGGACUAUGCACAGGCGAUCAAGGAGUACACAAAAGCUAUCGAAGCCGACCCUAAAAAUGCCACAUACUACUCCAACCGCGCCGCUGCCCUCAUGUCCGCGAACCGAUUUGUCGAGGCAUUGGAAGACUGCAAGACGGCCGAUGAGCUCGAGCCCGGUAACAUGAAGAUCCUACUGCGGUUAGGGAGGCUAUACACUAGCUUGGGGAGGCCGGAUGAGGCGCUCGCAGUAUUCGAUUCGAUUGACCCUCCAUGCACGGCAAAGGAUAAGCAACCGGCGCUGAACAUGAAGAAGCAUUUGCAGCAAGCACAGGAGAUAUGCGCCAAUGGCGGAGCCGGCUCGAUGGUGAUACAUGCUCUCAAUGAGGCUGAGAAGGGGCUAGGUGUUGGUGUCGAGCGGCCAAGGAAAUGGAUGCUCCUCCGAGGAGAGGCACAUCUCAAGAUGGGCAACAUGAAUGCGCUCGGAGAGGCCCAGAAUGUCGCCAUGUCCCUACUACGGAGCAACAGCCAGGAUCCGGAGGCCCUGGUACUACGCGGCCGUGCCCUGUACGGGCAGGGCGAGAACGAGAAAGCCAUUCAGCACUUUAGGCAAGCUCUGAACUGCGACCCGGACUUCAAAGACGCAGUCAAGUACCUCCGCAUGGUACAGAAACUCGAUCGCACGAAGGAGGCCGGAAACGCGGCAUUUAAAGCCGGCCGCUACCAAGAAGCCAUCGACACCUACACCACCGCACUCGAAAUCGACCCCUCCAACAAGAACACAAACUCCAAGAUCCUCCAGAACCGCGCCCUCUGCCACACCCGCCUACAAAAUUGGACCCAGGCCAUCGCUGACUGCGACAAGGCGCUCGAGCUCGACCCAGGAUACACAAAGGCCCGCAAGACGCGCGCCAAAGCUCUCGGCGAGUCAGGAAACUGGGAGGAAGCUGUGCGGGAGUACAAAGCCAUCCAGGAAGCUAAUCCCUCGGAGCCCGGCAUCGCCAAGGAGAUCCGCAAUGCAGAGCUCGAACUCAAGAAGAGCAAGCGCAAGGAUUACUACAAGAUUCUCGGCAUCAGCAAGGAUGCAACGGAGCAAGACAUCAAGAAGGCGUACAGGAAAUUGGCGAUUGUGCAUCAUCCGGACAAGAAUCCGGAUGAUGACCAGGCGGCGGAGAGGUUCAAGGAGAUUCAGGAGGCGAAUGAGACAUUGAGCGAUCCUCAGAAACGCGCGCGCUACGAUUCCGGCGAAGAUCUCAUUGACCCCAGCGAAAUGUUCAGCGGCGGUGGCUUUGGCGGCAUGGGAGGUAUGGGCGGCGGCGUCCAGAUCGACCCUGAAAUGCUGUUCAAUAUGUUCGGCGGCAUGGGCGGCGGAGGCAUGGGCGGUGGUCGUCCUGGUGGAGGCGGCUUCUCCUUCUCCACCGGCGGAGGCCACCCGUUCGGUGGCAUGGGCGGCAUGGGCGGUAUGCCUGGUGGUGCUGGGGGUCGUCAAUACCAGGGCGGUUUCCCGUUCUAG